CAAUAGCUUUGUUGUACACGAUAUUUUUAUCCUGGAUUUUUUCUGUGCGCGAAUUUUUUUUUGGUAUUUGCUCAAACACCCCCCCCCCCAGAUAUUUAAUGGUCCGUCCCUAAUAUCAUCUAGCGCAAUUCCAAUUUUGAAAUGUUUUUCAUUCCUGGAACAAAGAGUUUCUUCCAACUCGCUCAGAUUCUUUAAUUUCUAUUCUUAUAGCUUUUCAGAGCAUGCCGCCAACAAGUCCUACUGCUUUGGUUAUUGGAGCCUCUAGGGGCAUUGGAAAGACUAUUUGUUUAGCAUUGGCGAAGGCAGGUUAUAACAUUGGUGUGUCUUCUAGAACAACAGAACACACUGCCAAGUUACCUGGUACAAUUUUUACUACAGCAAAGGAUAUCGAACACUUGGGAUUGCGUGCAAUACCUAUUGAAUGUAAUGUUAGAAAAGUUGAAGAUAUUAACAAUGCAGUAGAGACAUGUAUUUCCCACUUUGGCUCUUUGGAUGUGGUUAUCUACAAUGCUGGAGCAAUAUUGUGGAAUAAAGUCAUAGAUACAUCGGUGAAGAGAUUUGAUUUGAUGCUAGAUGUAAACAUUAAGGGAGCAUAUGCAUUAACGCAGGCUGUGCUGCCGCCCUUUUUAGAAAACAGACAUGGGAAAAUUAUUAUGGUAUCACCUCCAAUAUAUUCAAGAUUUUUCAAAGGAAAAACUCCAUAUGCAAUAAGUAAAAUUGGAAUGUCAAUUUUGGUUCAAGGCCUUAGUACUGAAUUAUGUGGAACUGGUAAAUAUUUUGGGGCAAGUCCAUUUCAGCAGAGGCAUGAAUAUUAUUACAGUAUAUAUGUGGGCUCACAUGUAUAUUAUAUAUGGAUCCAGCAUGAUCUUGUAGGAAGGUGGGUGCUCUGCCAGCUCUGGUGCCGAGUUGUGUUGCCGUCAUGUGUGCCGCCCGCCCAUCGACACACUGUAUUUCAAUUGUAAUGAGUUGUUCACAGUUCGCUUAUCAUUGAUGUUAUUGCUCAAAUUACUGUAUCUCAUUUUAUCUCUAUUAUUUUUUGCUUUAUUAUUGUGAAAAAUAGCACCCCUCUGGCUCUUCACCCACCCAGAAUAUAUCCAUUCCUGAUAUAAUCUUUAGGAAAGCCAGUCCACAUGACCAAAUAUCAGACCAACUUAAUGUGUUAUGGUCAGACAUGAUCAGACACGCUAAUUAUUUACAGAACUCACAAGGGAAAGGUUGUACAGUACAGUGUACAUUUGUAUGUAAUUAGUUCACUUGCAUAUCAGCCAUAAUGACUGUGUGCACAGCACAAUCAGUAGAUGGCCAUAUAUGUGUUUUCACAUCACAUGUAAAAACAAAUUAAAUCCAUCUUGAGUAGAGUUUUCGUAGUUGGCUCUUGAGGCUAGCUUACCUCUAUAGAAACAUCCACUAAAUGACUGAUCUAAAGGUAGGAGAGGAAGAUAACUUUGGGGGGAUUGGGUGCUGCAUUACAGGUUUUCUCACUGUUUAAUGGUCUGAUUAUUAAAGUUGCCAUUAAAUCCAAAUUCACUCUCAGUGUAUUUGUUUAUGGUAAUUGAACUAGUGAAUAUAGUUGUAUUUAUUCAUGGCCAUCUGCUUUCCAGGGAUUUUCACUAGGAGUGCACAGUGAGUCACAAACUUAAUAUGCUUGCAUGUCAGUCUGAAUGCACAAUUUAUUACACAUGCAUAAUGGGGGCAUGAUACAGUACAAUAAUGCAAUGUUGAUAUCACAUGUGCAAUGCAUUAGUGCAUGUAUGUUGCUGCAUGAGUGACUUGGUUGGUUGCUGCAUAUAUUGCUGCAUAUGUUGCCACAUAUUUGGGUUCAGAUAUUCUUGAAACUGAAUGAUUCUGCCUCUUAUUCUUUGUACAGGAGUGUCUAUCACUGCUUUAUGGCCAGCUACUGUAAUCAAAUCUCAUGUCACAACCGUUCUUGGAGUGGAAUCAAAAUUAAUGAGAGAGCCCGAUAUUUUUGCAGAUGCAUGUCUAGCUAUUGCAGGAGAAAGUACAAACAGGUAUUCUGGCAUGCCUGGCUUUUUUAUCAUACGUACAGCUUAGUAGACUAAAUAUUGACUUUUCAAUAGCUAGUAACUACUGUAAUCAUGUCAACUUCCAAACAACAGGCAUUUCCCAAGGUACUGUAGGUUUACUGCAUGGCUGGAUUGCGUUUUGCACCUCCCCUGAGAUUGUUUGCAUCUCCCCUGAAAGGUCACGCACCUCCCCUUGGGAAACUAAUAACUAUUCAUCACUGCUGUAUCAAUUAAGUGCCCUUUUAAUUAAUUUUGAAAUACACUUUGUAGCAAUGUAUUAAUGAAGAGCAAUAUUGGAUGAGUCGUACAGUCAUAAUUCAUAAAAUAAUACACUGAUACAUAUGUACAGCACAUGCAUAUGUCAUGUAGUUGACUUUAAUAGGGGCUAUAUUCUAAUCCUAACAUUCCAUGGGGGUUGAGGGCUAGACACUGCACCAGGUGCAGCAUCUAGCCCACAGCCCCCAUGGAAUGUUAGGACUAGAAUAUAGCCCCUGACCUCCCCUAAAUAUAUUUCCACCUGCCCCCAGCAUUUCCACCAAAAUCCGGCCUUGGUUUACAGUAUAACACCUCUACCAGAGGCGCGAAAAUUAAUGUUAAUUGGUGUAUAAAUUUUUCAUAUUCUGUUGUUGGAAUGCAUUAUUGAAAAUUAUUUUUGUUUGUAAAUCGUUUAUGUGACUUGCAAAAAUAGAUUAAAUUCUUGGGUUUCAUAUGACGUCACAAAAGUGACGGGCGGUCAACUCUAAAACACAGUUAUCAGAGUGAGUCAAUUGUUCGUUUUAUGUAUUAGCCUUGUGUUUUGUAGCAAAUACGUGGAAUUUCGUAUCAUUUUCUCACUCCAGUACAGCAUAAGCCUCAAUGCAUUUGAGGCUGACCCCCCGUCAGAUUCACUGCAUUCUGCCGUAGUGAAACCCAAGCAUAUCUUGAGUUCUUGAUUUCUAAACGCGGCACAUAUAACGAAAUUAGUCUUAUUUGUACAUCUUUUCUGUAUCACAAUGUGUCUUCUUUGGACACAUUUUGUCUUUGACUACAAACAGCGUGCAUGCCGUCAUCUUUGUCCAACGACGUCACGGUCACAACUAGGUUUGUAUUUUGCCAACUUGAUUCUUAUUACCCUUUUUAUGGUGGUAUUUGCAAUAUAGUAAGAUAUUUCAUCUUGUCAUAUUGUUAAAAUUUCAUGCGAAAAUUGCAGACUGCGGUUUUACUUGUAUGUGUACAAAAUGCUAUACAGGAAAUAUAUAGGAGUUAUGGCAAAGGCCAAAGCCAACUACUGUUAAACAAAAGCAAAUAUGCGGUGUUUGUACAUGUACUAUAAUUAUUUAUUUUACUCUGUACUGUAAAUAUCUAAAUGCUGUGGUAAUGACUUUUCAUUUUGCUGUUGUAGAUUGAAUGGGAAGUGUUUAAUUGAUGAGGACUAUCUUCGCAGCAUUGGAGUCAGAGACUUCGAAAAAUAUCGCUGUAAUCCGGAUUAUGAACCGCCAAGAAUGAUGCCAAAAGAAUUCCCUUCUUUACUUGUUGACGAAGAGAACAAUUCCCUAGACCUUAGCGUACAAAUUCAUAAAAACUGAAUAAGGAGAUAGCAGUUGUCUAGGUCGUUUACCACCUUACAGGGUGUAGCGUAAGGCCUGUUUCAGAUGUCAAACUAAAAUGCAAACGACCUGAACUCUUUGGUUGGGCUUCAACUUGGGCUCAUUAUAUCGGCAUUAUUGGGCCUUCGCUCGAAAUGUCAAAACUCUGCUUAUAUUUUUCAGGUUGUUUUGUUAUAUAAUUCACACGGCAGCUGUCCGUUAUCGUCGUUACAUACACUGGCGCAUACCGUAAAGACGAAUGUGUGUUGCUAUGGUAACAGUACUGUGUCAUAUUGACUAAACAGAAAUUUAUUAGAAUUUCCUUCGCCCAAUAUAGUUUCCUGAAAUUUUGUAGGUAUACUUCUCAGAACAUCAUCAAAUAAUUAGGCAGCCUAAAAAUAAGGUUUUUACGGAUGUUACGCAAAUUGUUUUCUAAAAACUAUUUGGAAUUUUCUAAAUAUUAUUGGAUUUCUAAUUUUGUCUAAUAACUCGUGCUUGUCUUUUAUAUUUAAUAUAUAUCACACCAUACAAUUAUACAAAGUCAACUCUAUCCUAUUAUUAUCCACUCUGUGUUAUUAGUCUGUUACCAAUUAAUUAUGACAAUGGAGAUUCAAACGAAUUGACUGGCUAGCUAUAGCCCCCUAGCCCCGCCGUUACGUUCCAAUGACCUCAAUUGCUUUGCCCGACAUACAGCCCAACACUAAGUAAAAUUUGCCCGACUAUCAUACCAAUCUUAAACUGAUACUGUGCAGAAAUCUCUAUACUUAUAUAUAAUAAAUAUUAGCAUAUAUUCGUGGGGACUGAGGUGGUGGAUAGUUGUUGAUUGGUUUCUCAGCUCCGCGGAUAUCCUUGACAUCCUUGCACUAUUCACCUCCGGACAAAAACAAAAUUUCUUCCCGUUUCGUUCCGCGGUUACAGACGAGGAAUUUUUGUAACUAAAAUAACUAAACGAAGCUGCGGUUGCGCCAAACACGAAGAAAGCCGCAGGCCCGCAACGUUUUGUUUAACUGACAGUAUGUAGAGGUACAGGUAUUCUUAAAGCUAUUUCUAAUGAAUAAAAUUACUAAAAUAGGCAUUUCCAGCUUUUAGUUUAUGCCUGCAGGGAAUGAUGGGAAGUAAGGUAUCAUAUUGCUGAUUAUGCUUAAAAUUUUCAAUAAAAACUAUCGAAACAACCGAAAUAUUUCAAUAUUUACAAGUAUAAGCUAUCACUCCGUGUUUACACGGCCACCAUUUUUAUUUUUUCAGCGUAAUCAGCAAUGUGAUACCUUACUUGCCAUCGUCCCCUGCACGCAUAAUCUAAAAGCUGGAAUUGCCUAUUAAGCGUGUAAAUACUGUUUUGUUUACAAUAUUAUGAGGAC